AUGGCCUACAAAUCAUCAGUUCUAAGUAAUGACAACAAGCAAUCUGUUGGUACAAACGAUAAUGAAAAUAAAGAAGAUAUAACACUUAUUUGGUUUGAUCCAAAUAUCAGACCACGUGAAGAUACUGAACAAACAAAACAACAACUUCGUCUGAUUAAUAAUUUUGUUAUUUUUUCUACUGAUCUUGAACAAUGUAUUCAAUUAAUUGAAUCAAUUGAUAAAGAAAAAAUCUUUUUAAUAACAUCAGGAUCAAAAGCAACACAAAUUUUACCUCGAAUUUCUUCUUGCCAUCAAAUUGAUUCAAUUUUUAUCUUUUCAACGAAAAAAAAUCGAUAUGAAUAUUUAUUAAAUGAAUAUUCAAAAAUAAUUGCAAUUUAUUCUAAUCUUCAUGAUUUAUAUGAAUCAAUAAAAGAACAAAUCGAUUUUGUUAAUGAACAAAUUGAAAAAUUUUGUUUUUUUGAUCAACAUCAAAGAUUAAUUCAAGAUUUAUCAAAAGAAUCAGCAGAAUUUUUAUGGUUUCAAUUAUUUAAUUAUAUUAUUACUCGUCUUCCACGAAAUCAACAAGCAAAACAACAAAUAAUUGAAUCAUGUAAAGACUAUUAUUAUGGAAAUACAAAAGAAAUUGAAUUAAUUAAUGAAUUUGAACAAUAUUAUCAACCAGAAGAUGCAAUUCGAUGGUAUUCAAAACAAUCAUUUGUUUAUAAAUUAAUUAAUAAAGCAUUAAAAACUAAAGAUAUUGAUUUCUUAUAUCAAUUUCGAUUUUUCAUUGGUGAUCUUUCUCAAAAUCUUCAACGUCAACAUAAAAAAAUUUUAUUAUCAAAAGAAAAUAUUUUAAAUGUCUAUCGAGGAGUUAAACUUGACAAACAAGAAUUUAAUAAACUAAAAGAAAAUCAAGGAAAACUUAUUUCAAUAAAUGGAUAUUUUUCCACUAGUCGACGAAAAUCACAAGAACUCAGUUGUGCAAAGAAACCAACAAAAAGAAUUAAUGUCAUUUCUGUUCUUUUUCAUAUUCAAUGUGAUAUUAAAUUAAUUGAUAAAAAUAUUAUUUUUGGUGAUAUUGCCCAAUUUAAUGAAGAUUCAAAUGAACAAAAAGUUUUAUUUGAUUUAAAUGCCUGUUUUCAAAUUGAAUCUAUUCAAGAACAAGAAUCAUUACAAAUAAUUAAAAUGAAUCUUUCAAAUGAAGGACAAAAAAUUACGAAAGAUUUUAUUGAAUUAAUAAAAGAAGACACAGAAGAAUUAAGUGUUUCAAUUAUUUUUGGAAGAUUAUUACUCAAUUUAGAUCAAUAUGACAAAGCACUUAAAUAUUUUCAACAAUUAUUAAAUGAUUCAAAUGAUGAAGAUCAAGCUUGGAUUGAAUUUAAUAUUGGUCGAGCUUUUGACUUUAAAGGUGAGUGGAGUGAUGCUCGAAAAUAUUAUGAUCGUGCAUAUGAGCGAAUGAUGAAUAAUAAACCAACACGACUCAAAGAUUCUACUCAUGCUCUCAACAACAUUGGUACUAUUCUCUCUGAUCGAAGAAAGUACAGUAGAGCUCUCAACUAUUAUCAACGAGCACUGGAAAUUCAAGAGAAACUUUAUCCAUCUGGUCAUCUUGUUAGUGCUACAAGCCUCAACAACAUUGGUGUUAUUCUUUAUCGACAAGAAAAGUACGAUAAAGCUCUCGAUUAUUAUAAACGAGCAUUGAAAAUUCAAGAAAAAUUAUAUCCAUCUGGUCAUGUCUACAUUGCUCAUAGCCUCAACAACAUGGGUGUUGUUCUCUAUCAACAAGGAAAGUACGAUGAAGCUCUCGAUUAUUAUAAACGAGCAUUGAAAAUUCGAGAGAAAUUUUAUUCAUCUGGUCAUAUCGAUAUUGGCUCUAGUUUGAAUAAUAUUGGCAUUUGUUAUGAAAAACAGAAGAAGCAAAAAAUGGCACUUGACUAUUAUCAGCAUGCGUUAACUAUUUAUGAGAAGUUUCUUUCUAUUGACCAUCCAUUUCGACAGAAAAUCGAGAAUAACAUUCGUCGAUUUACUGAAAAGAACUAA